AUGGCUGGUAGGAAUUGUGCUAUGGGUGAAUGCAGAGAACGANAUAUUCAAUUGAGAAGACUUGAAAGGUUGGGUAUUAAAAAAAUCGAUCCAAAUGAUUUAACAGAUGAAGAAAAAGUGAAAUUCGCCCGUUUAAACAUCGAUACAAAUAACAUCGUUUGGAAUCGCGUUAUUGACAUAAACGAUCGUUUUCUAAGAAAAAUUACAAUUGGACAAUCGCCAACUGAAAAGAAUCUUACUCGGGAAUCUAGUUUUAUGAUUACAGGAGCUAGUGAAAUAAUGGCCAUUUUAGCGUUAUCAAAAGAUUUAACUGAUUUUUAUACACGUCUUAGUAAAAUGGUUGUUGCUUUUGAUAAAAAUAAUAAGCCGGUUACUGCUGAUGACUUAGCAAUGACCGGAGCUUUAAGUGUUUUAAUGAAAGAUGCUAUUGAUCCAACAUUAAUGCAAACUUUAGAAGGAACGCCGGUUUUAGUUCAUGCCGGACCGUUUGCGGAUAUAGCCCAUGGUUGUUCUUCAAUAAUCGCGGAUCAAAUCGCUUUGAAAUUAGUUGGUGAAAAAGGUUACGUUGUCACAGAAGCUGGACUUGGUUCCGAUAUUGGAAUGGAAAAGUUCUUUAACAUCAAAUGCAGAGCUUCUGGUUUAAUCCCAAACGCAGUUGUUUUAGUUGCAACUAUUCGUGCUUUAAAACUGCAUGGAGGUGGACCUGCAGUGACUCCAGGAGCUCCAUUAAAACCGGAGUAUACUCAAGAAAAUAUUCUUCUCUUAAAGAAUGGAUUACAAAAUUUAAUUAAACAUAUUAAUAAUGGAAAUAAACAUGGUGUUCCUGUAAUUGUAGCGAUAAAUAAACAUGCUACUGAUACCGAUGGCGAACUUGAAUUAGUUAAAGAGGCUGCUGUUAAAAAUGGAGCUUUUGAUGCUGUUGUUUGUAAUCAUUGGGCUGAAGGAGGAGCUGGAGCUGUUGGUUUAGCCGAUGCGGUUAUAAAAGCUUGUGAAACUCAAAAUUCAUUUAAAUUUUUGUAUGAUGUUAAUAUGGGAAUUGAAGAAAAAAUUUUCGCUAUAGCUAAAGAAAUGUAUGGAGCUGGAAAUGUCGAGUAUUCUGAAAAAGUUAUGGAAUCUAUUAAGAAAUACACUGAACAAGGUUUUGAUAAACUUCCAAUUUGUAUGGCAAAAACGCCUCUCUCAUUAACUGGUGAUCCAAGUAUUAAAGGCGCACCACCUGAUUUUACUUUAAAAAUUAAUGAUAUUUCAAUUUCUGUUGGUGCUGGAUUUAUUAUUCCAAUUUGCGGAGAGAUUACAAGAAUGCCAGGAUUACCAACUAGACCUUCCAUUUUCGAUAUUGAUUUAAAUACAGAAACUGGAGAAAUUGAAGGACUUUUUUAAAAAUUAUAUAAUAAUGUUGACAUAAUUUUAUAAUGUAUUUUAUAAGAAAUAAAAGUAUAAAAAUAAA